AUGGCAUGUCGACUUCCUUUUGGAAAAUUGCUUCAUCAUUUAACAAGGAAUCUUUUAAUAUUGGUAUAUGGAUCACAUUUUCAAGCAUUAGAUACGAGUACAGGUGCAAUAAUAGCUAGCACACGUACUUUAUAUUCAGAUAAUACCGAUACAAUACCUCAAAUAAAAUAUAUUACGCCUACUACUGACGGGCAAGAAGCUUCCAUAAGGGCCAUUGCCUUUCACAAUAAAGUUGACGGAGAUGGAUCUUUACUCGCGUCAAGUGGUGAAGAUAAGCUUUUGAAGGUUUGGGAUAUUAAAGAAUGGAGGUUACUCAGCUCGAGACCAGUUCCGAAGCGCGUCGUGUCCAUUGCGCUCAGUGAAGAUGGCUCACAAAUUGUGACUGCGGAUAAAUUUGGAGACGUUUAUAGUUAUCCAACAAAUCCACCAGAACAUAUUGAAAAUACUUCAACAUUGUUAUUGGGUCACGUAUCUAUGGUCACUGAUAUGGUGCUGACACCAAACAAUAAAUUUGUUAUCACAGCUGAUCGUGACGAACAUAUACGCGUCAGUCAAUUUCCAAAAGGAUAUAAUAUUGAAUCUUACUGUUUUGGUCAUACACAAUUUCUGUCAAAGUUACACAUAUUACCUUGGGACUCUGAUUUAUUACUUUCUGCAGGUGGCGAUGAUUUUAUUGCUUUAUGGGAUUACGUGCCAGGGAGAUUAAUACAAACACUUGAUAUUAAAAACUUUAUACAAAAUCAGAUCAUUGAAGCAAACGAAUCAAACAUUGAUGACAUUGAUGCCAUGAAUAACGUACCUGAAUCAAAGAAUGUCGCAGUUAUGUCUAUUUCAAGCAGCACUGUUAUGCAGCACAUUGCUAUAAUCAUAGAAAAAUUUCCAGGAGUUCUAAUAUUAAACUGGGAUGCGGAGCAACGCCAUGUCAAGUAUAUGCAGACGUUAUCACUUAAUGCAAAUCCGUUGGAUUGUGCAUAUGAUCUUCAAGGCAAUUUGUGGGUCUCGAGUUCAUCGAGGGAUGAUGGUAACAUUGAUGAAGGUUUAAUAACUCUUUUCCUAAGACGAGACAACAAUAAGUACGAAAAGGGUUCAACGGAUCACCCAUUGGUUUAUCAAAUAAAUAAAUUUGGAUCUAUGAAAGUCGAUAUACUUCCGGACUUAUACACCACUAGUCAACUUCGUAAAGAUCCUACUGAUUGGAGAAAACAAAACAACAAACAUGAGGAUGAAGAGGUUCCAGAAGAAGCUAGUGAAGAAUCUACAAAUGAAUCAACGUUACCAAAAAAGAAUGCAUUAUCAAAAGGGGAUAGUAAAAGAAAGAAAAAGAGAAUUAAAACCGAGUAA